CCACCGAUAUAAUGCAUCCAGCUAUAUUGCCGUUCAUAUUUACACUCGCGGCAUUCGUCCUCUUACUGCUAGUGACGAUCUCAACCCCCGUAGUUCAUGCCUUCUACUUCGUCCAUGCUGAUACGGGGGGUGGUGUACGAUUCGGGAUAUGGGGCUGGUGUAUCGACCAUGGGACAUGCCUCUCAGACAGACUGGGAUACCGCUGGGAUACUCAAAUCAUCCACAGCCUCACGUUCACGCUGGUAUUCUAUCCUAUAGCUACCGGCUUUACCUUCCUCGCUCUGCUGUCACUACUGCCAGUACUGCUCAGCAAAAGCUUACAGAUGUAUCCGUUCCCAGCAUUCUCUCUGUUAUCCCUGCUAUCGUUCUUCUGGUCGCUGCUUGCGUUCAUCGUCAUGAUUGUUCUCUGGGCAGUCGCGAAAUCUCGUUUCCACGAUGACGGCAUCAAGACAACCUGGGGCCCAUUGCCAUGGAUGUCACUGGCGGCUACAAUUGUCCUGCUUGGAAUCACGGUUAGCGCCGGAUGCGGCACCUUGUGCGGUCGGCGCGCGCCCUACGUAACCUAUCCCUCGCGUGCGGGAUAUUACUAGACAACGCCAGUGCUAGCAAGACAUGCAGCCCUGGCUACAAGAACAAUGUAUCACUCCUCUACAUAUAGAC